GCAGCCGGUUGAGGUUCGUCUGCUGGAAGGAGUUUUGUUUUUAAGUCUUUAAAAUGGGCUGUUGUUUUAGUAAAGAGCUCAACUUUAAUCCGGUCGGCGAGCGAACCAGCCUUCUCCAGACGCCUGUUAGUGAACACUGCUCAGAUCAGGAAGCUAAACAGUACUCCACUGUGAGCAGACAGGCAAGUCCUGAGUGCGGUCAGACCAACAGAGCGGUGGACGCCUCCUCCUGCAACCUCUCAGCGAGUCUCCGUUCCAUUGAUAAGAGAAGCAGCAGCGUGCAGGACAGAGCAGCGUUGUGGGACAAGCCUCGGGACGAGCCUCGGGACGACUCUCGUGGUAAACCCCCGCGGGGCGUUUCUAAAAAUUCCGACGUCCAGGCUCGGACAGGGACGGCGGUAUUGAGCACUGUGAAACGGAGAAUAGCGGAAAACGCACUAAAACGAGCCAACUGGUUUUGUGACAUCGAUAUGUCUCGCCAUGCAGAUCCAACAGGGUUUAAAGCCAGGUGUGAGAACACAGCUGCUUCAGACACGCACGGAGCGAACGGGCCUCACGUCAGUGCCACGUGUCCUUUAGACAACAUCCAUGCAGAGGUCUCACUCCAGGAGCCUGCAGACAGCCGUGUCACUCAGAAAGCAAAGGUUUUCUUCACAGCCAGAAAUGAUGAUUAUCUCGAUUCAGCCGAGAAAAGAUUAGAUUUCCUGACAUCUGAGCGCAGCAUGAACACCAGGACCCAAAGCUUCUACAGCAUUUGUUCGAUUGAUGCUGAUGACCUCGAGGGUGAGCGGGAACCCUCAGCCACGGAACAUCGUCCCGUGCUCGAUCAUACAGGUGUGUUAAAUAAUACAGAAGCGCAGGUCUUUAUCAACACCUCACUGAGUCCAGCCGCUUUAGAAACUGUAAACAUGACAAAAGAAGAUAGUGAGAAGGUGUCUGAGGAUCUCAAAGCAGCUCACGUGCUCCCUGACGUCAUCGGGACGUUUUGUGACGUAGGCCCAACUGAAAGCAUAGCAUCAGAUAAACAUGUGUCUGUUCCUUCUGAGGAUGGCGUCAUGGAGAAACAUGAAAACAUGACUGGUUUACACAAAACUGUGGAUGAAAUCAUUCCCGAUCUGUUGGAGAGGAAAAGUGAGUCAACGGUGGAUCGUCGAGACAUGGAGCAUUGGUGUCAGGCACGUGUUCACACAGACGCAGAGUUAAUUAACGUUGUCAGAGGAGAGGUGACAGAACCAGAAACGUCACAGCAGGAGAGCGGAAGAGUCUCGUCAGAGUCAAGAAGUUUGGAUAACAAGGAGAACAUUUUAAUUGGUAGAGAACCCAAUCCCAGCAGAACAUGGCAUGAACUCGCACCAUGCUCUUGUUUAAAACCUCAUCAGGGAUCUUUAUGUCCUGAAAACACCAGCGUGGCUCAGGUUAUUGAGAAUCCACCUCCUUCUGUAGUUACUUCAUUAUUAGAAAGUGACCUCAAGAGCCGAGGGGUUUUUACAGAGACCAGCUUCCAAGAUAUUCACCUGUUCCCCACAGCAACAGAACCGGAAGCUGGUCCCCAGUUAAGCUCACCUCAGAGCUUCAGCUCCUUCACCUCAGAUAUCUCAGGAAGAAACGAUGACACACUCCAGCUGGGGAUGUUUCAGACAGGGUUAGUCGAUCAUCUUGGGUUUGAUGAUGCACAUUCUUUGCUGAGAGAAAUUAACCUCGGCACAGAGGACGCAACCCAUACUGUUUCGUUCCCAGAGCCAUCAGACGGAGCUCCGGGAUCCGUGAUUACUGACGAGCACGUAGAUACGUGCAAGGAUCCUGUGCAUAUAAACCCCAAUGCUGAUUACGAAGAUCUUCUUAAAGCCAAUCAAUGUUUACUGAAGGAGUUCAGUGAGAACGUUACAAGUCUAAGACGGAUGGAGCAGGAGAUCUCACCAUCUCCUCUUCACCACACCACUUCGUCUGAUGCCGACUCCUCUGUUCACAUCAGUCUUCUGAGCAAUUCAAUACAAAACCCUGAAGAUCUCAAAGUCUGUGAAAAACAGAUGUUUCCAGCUGCAACCCAGGAAGAAGACAGAUGUUGCCUGAAAGGGAACGCGACCCUGGUUAAGGAGGAAUGCUUUAAUCAGCACGACCUGGAAGGAGCUGAUCAAAUCUCAUUAAGUGUCAGUCGUGUUAAAUCUCCUGAAAUGGAAGUGCAGGAGUCCAAGCCCACGGAUUCUGACCUUUCUCCUGGCAGAAAUAACGAUGAGCAAGUAAUCCAUUUAUUUCUGGAGAGCGGCGGUGACGAUCCAGCCCUGUCUCUCCACUCGCCUCGUCACACCGAGACGCCAGACGCCUUCGAGAGCACCACGUUGUCUAAAAACAGUACGCAGUGUGAGAAUGCUCACGUUCCAACACACGGUCUCUUGGGGAACGCUGACAUGCAAAGCUUCUCUGAUCCGUCCAAUCAGGACCCGGAGGGAGAUUUGCAGCACGUGCAGAUGAUCAGCUCUGCAGAGCAGCAGGUGGUGGAGUUUGACUACAGAGCUCCUCUUGGGAGAACCAUAAGACCAGUUUUUAAAAUUGGAGAACCAGAAAACUGUUCAGGAGAACCUGAUAGCUCUGACGAAGGUGUGGAGCGCUUUGUGACGAGCAGACUUCAAGGAUAUCAGCUUAAUGGGUUGCACGUUUCAGGUCCUAGUCGUGAUUUCGGAACGGAUGGGAUGUGCCCUGUUCUUAAUUUCAGUGCCAAUAACAAGGCGAUUGCUUUCCCUGUCGAACCCGACCAGGUGGACCUUUAUGCCAGCUUGCCCUCAUAUGAGAUUCACUUUCUCGGCCCAGACCAAGUCACUGUGGAAAAUCCAGCAAGUCUGACCUCCACCAACGAUUCAGAAAGAGAACGAGGUGUAUUAAACAUGGUUUCUGAGCUACUCGGUAAAUCAGAGGCGAAUGAGGAAGGAGACGGCGGUCACUUCCUGUCUGUGUGGGCGGGAGAGCCCGAGCUGGAGUCGGCGUGGCAGUAUCGUGUCUCUGAGGGACAGGGGGAGGGUAAACCCGAUUCGGCUCUCGACUCGGAACGUGUUCAGGCGUUCGCGGCGGCGUACCCGUACAGCCUGUUAGUUUCUGACGGGGCGUGUGUGUGGGACUGGCAGCACGCUGAAUCCACCAAGGUCUCGGACCUCAAUCCGAACGCAAAAGCAUGGGCAAGUUAUCUUCCUAGCCAGGAGGCAUCUGGACCGGCUUUCACACACCAUCUCCAGUCAUGGGUCGACUCCAGUGAUGGAAGAAACCCUGGAUCACGAGAUGUUGUUGCAGGUUACGCGUCCAGUGAUAGUGGUGAGAAAUGGAAUGAAGACACACAAAUACCCGUCUCAGUAGGCCCGCCUUCAGCAGAACCACCGGAACCCACCGACAUGGACACGGUAGACCGUCAGUUACCUGGUGUCUCACAGCAGGACACCGAAAUUAAGGGAAUUGAUGCCUCAGAUUCCUCCAAGCAGCUUGAAGAUCUCAGAGAACAGCUGAAGGCUACAUUGGAGUUUUGCCUCUCCAGAGAGAAUCUGGCCAACGACAUGUACCUCAUCUCUCAGAUGGACAGCGAUCAGUACGUGCCCAUCGUGACCGUAGCUAAUCUCGAUCAGAUCAAGAAGCUCAGCACGGAUAUCGAUCUUAUCGCAGACAUAUUAAAGACACUUCCUCUUGUGCAAGUGGAUAAAUGUGGUGAGAAAGUGCGACCGAAUCAGAACCGCUGCAUCGUUAUCCUCAGAGAGGUGCCUGAAGCCACCCCUGUUGAGGAAGUGGAAGCGCUCUUUAAGAGCGACAAAUUGCCCAAGUUUGUCCAGUGUGAGUUCGCCUACAACGACAACUGGUUCAUCACAUUCGAAUCAGAGGCGGACGCACAGCUGGCAUAUCAGUAUCUCAGAGAGGAAGUGAAGAUGUUUCAAGGAAAGCCUAUAAAGGCCAGGAUUAAGGCCAAAUCCAUCGCAGUCAACACGUUUGUGCCAAAGAACGGAUACAGGCCCGUGGACCCGUCCUCGAACCUGCAGCAGCGCUAUACCUCGUACUACAUCCCGCCCGCGUUUGGGGCGCAGCAGCAGUUCUCUCCGUUCUACAGACUGGUCACUCAUCAGGGCUGGUCCACCACACAAGGGUACUUGGAUCCCAGUUUGGUAACUCCAUUUACUAAUCCUGCCUUCAUUAACGGCUUCGCUGGAUCUCCCACUUUUAAAUCGGCCACUGCACCUUUAUCCUCCAGACCGUUCCAGCCGAGGAACCGGAACCACAAUAAGAGCCACAUACGACCCUCCGUGCCAGCUGUAGAACGAGGAACUGCAUUGUUGGAGAACCCUGGUUCCUUCUCCAACUCCACAGAGCGCAUUCCUAAUGGGAUCCGUGUACCACACACACAUCAGCCGGGGAGCCGGCCGAGAUUAUCUAGCGCCCCGAGUUACCCUCGCAGGGAGCAGAUCGGGAGCGGACGUAUGGAGAUGAACGGAGCCGAUUACUCGCCCGUCAUGGGGAGGGGGAGGAAAAAUGGCUAUGGCUACAAGAAAAGGAGGGAUGAAAAGUUUACAAAAGCGUCCACACAGUCGCCCCCUCCAGCCCAGGACCGCGCUCCGUCUCCGAGUUUCGAGCUGGGGCUGUCGAGUUUCCCUCCCCUGCCCGGUGCUGCGCGAAACCUCCAACCUGAAGUGAAAACUGAGAACAGCAUGGAGAACCGUCUGUCUGACAUCGUGACCGGAGCGACUAAAGACAAGCCUGUGAAUAAGGACGCAGUGAGCAGCCGUGUGACUUCAGGAACCCACAGAGAACCGACACAGACAGUUGGUCCUGCUCCCCAGCCUGUAGUGGAACAGCAGAACCCGCUGUCUCCCGUCUCCAAACUGAGCUCAGUGAAGUCACAGGAAGGGAAGCUAAAGGAGACGAGCUCAUCCGCAGAGACGCCCUCAGCGUCUGAUCCUAAAAGUCCCACUCCGGCCCAGAUUACUCAGACUACAGAGCCCCGCAAGCCAAGUUACGCCGAGAUAUGUCAGAGGAUACGCGAGGCACCGACGCAGCAGCCUCCAGUUGAGUCCAAACCCACCACCGCACCUCCUGCCACAGAAGAACCCACCUCACUCGAUCCCGUAGAACCCAGAUGCAGAGAAACCCGCCCCGUGCCUACUAAACCUGCGCCUCAGCGAGCCCGAGAGGCCUGGAAGUGUCACCCUGGAGCCGGAGACACAGCGGCUGAGUCCUGAGGGAGCAAACGCUCUCCGGGUCGGGUCUGCUCGGCCCCGCCCGGCUGCACAUGCACACAGCGAACACUGGAAUCAGGGCCUGUAGACGACAGGGGUGCAUAAGGGUUCUCUUGACUUUUACUCCGUCUCUAUUUAUCACACCUUUAUUUUUCUUGGUGAGCUGUGGGGGUGUUGGAGGGCGGUGCGGUAAAUUCAUCUGCACUGUCACACAGAUGAAGUUUUUUUUUUUCUCUCUCUUUUUUGGACAGAGGUCAGAGGUUUUUGUUGAAGACUGAAGUAGUGCUGGUAGCAAGUACAGACUGAGAAUAGAGUGGAACUGAAUUUCCAGAUGGUUUCCUUUGAUCUUUUUUUCCCUUUACAUUAAAAAAAAAAAUCAGAAUGUAUAUAAUUUUGUAACUCCAGUGUACUGGCACUAACACACUGGUCUGAUUCUGUUUCUCUUUUCUACACCAGGCCGAUCACUCGUACCUGUGACGCCGGUCUGAUUCAGUCUGAUUUGUGUUUAGUUUUUAUGUAAUGCGUUGCCACUGGAGUAGAGUUCUGAGCUCUGAUAAAAUUGUUUUUGUUUUUUUAAACCAGCACAAACAUAAUGAUCCUUUUUUUCUUUUCUUUUUCUUUUAAACAUUUGUACUUGUGUGGUAAAAUAGCUGGUGUAACUGUUACCUUGUCCCGUGUGCAUGCCUUUUUAUGUCUGAUUUAUUUUCCUUUCUCUAUUCUCUUCCUUUUUUUUAAGACUUUUAAUAGUUCUUCCCUUUCCCAUGUUGCUUUAGAGGUUUCUGAGACCUCCAUAAGGACAUGUGAUCACAACAAGACAGGAAAUAAACUGGUUCAGACUUGGCUCGUCUCUCCUGAUUCUCACAUCCUGUUCUGUAUGUCCGAUACACAUCAGGACCCGCUGUGGAGAGUCCUCUCUGAAUCGUCCUCUGCUCCCUCAGCCUGCCGCAGCCCUGUGGACCGUGUAUCACGUAUCCCUCACAUCUCUUCCUGACGCUCCUCUCUCAGUCACAUGUUCCAUUGGUUCUCGGAUCCUGAUGGAUGUUUUUUGUUGUUUUUGUGUUUUUGGCAGAGAACCCGAUCCCGUGUCUUCACCUCCCCGCCAUGUGGAGCUCAUCACACUGUUCAGACUUUGUCCUUUUCUAAAACUACAGCUUCCUGUUUAAUAUCUAAUGUUUAGUCCUUAAUCCAGUCAAUUCAUCAUUACCACAGACAGAUAAAGGUCUGAUCAGGACUUCAGCAUGCUCAGAAACAGCAUUAUAAUUUAACUUUGCUCCACAACUUGAAAUUUUAUUUUAAACUUGAAAAAUGUCUCUGCCUUAACUUUUUUAGGAAUUGUUUGCAGUUAAUUUUGGAUGUAAAAGGCUGAUGGGGUCGAGGGGACGGUCCUCAGCCUGACCUACUGCGUUUCUGUAGCACAACACCCUUAGGGGUAAAUUGGGUUUUGUUUCUUUUUUUUCUCCUUCUUUCUUUUUUAGUUCUUUUGUUUGAUUUUUCUCUUCUUUUUUUGUAAAAUGCUUCUGGUCAGAACUGUAAUGUGUGCACUUGGAAAUGUGUGUUCACUGUACAGAUGUAAAUAAUUGGGGGAAAAAAUUAAAAUGGUACCAUAAAUUGGUUAAGAGCAAAAUAUUAAAAUAAAUGUGGAUGAUAAACUGGA